AACGCCACAGCUUUGUCUCUCCAUGACGAGCUGACAAUGUCGCGCAAGCAGAGCCCGUUCCCCAAGAAGCCUCUCGCCAUCAAGCGCGCUGAUGGUGAGCCUCUGACUCGCGUCGACCUCCAGUAUGAUUUCCUCCUCCACAUCUUCAGUGAUGACCAGCGUGUCUUCACGGAUCCCUACUCUUCUGCUUUCGGAGGCCCUGCUGGCUGUAAGGUCUCCUUUCGCGACCUCUAUGUCAAUGCAAUCAUGCAUUCGACAAAGGCCACAAAGGCCCUGAAAGACUCCAUGUCGGCUUCCGCUAUCUUCGCCACCGACUUCGCGAUGCUGGCUUUGUUGGCAAACGUGGGCAGGGUGAAUACAACGAUGAGCUUCUUCGCGGAGAAGAAAACAGCGGUGCGAACAUACCACCCGAUCCCUGCUCUCCAAAGAGCCGACGGUAACCUCCAAGAUGCACCCCGAAUCAAAGGUCUACUCAAGGCCUGUACGGUCCCAGAUGAGGACCCCAAGUCUGUUCCGACAACUCCCGGUGAUAUUCUUACCCGUGCAACAACCGGAAAGGUACCGCCUACUAGCAUCGCCACCAUCAUUUUCAUUCUGUCAAAUUACUCUCCUGCUAUUGGCCAAGAGCAUUUCUUAAAUGAGCUUGAAUUUAUCGACCUCUUUCUUCCUGUGGAAGUCUCGAGUGCCUCCCGCGCCCGCGCUUUUCUGUGGCUCUGCUAUCAUUUUCAUGAAGCAACAUCCGCCGUCAAUGAAGACGACUACGAUACUGAGGUGCUCAGCGUCAAUCCAUUCUGCGACAGUCAUCGGCUAGGAAAGGCGCCUGCCUUUGUUAUGAUAACCCGUGCUGAAGCUGAGAAAGAGAACGUGGACACCGAGGAGGAGAUAGCUCGUGCCGAAAAGUCCGUUAAUCAUAGAAACGACAUCAUUAAUAAGGUGGUUGGGAGCGUCUCCACUUCGUCCACUUCUUCCACUUCUAAGGCCAUCCAUAACGGCGAGGAAAAUGUUCCAGAAGUCAAAGCGAAAAGCAAGCGCAACACUGGCGUCCCCAUGACGCUCAAGGAGAAGAAGGAAAGGAAGGCGCUUUGGGACAAGCAGUAUCGUGAACGUGUCAAGAAUAAGGCGAUGCUGGAGAAGAACAAGGAAAGUAAGCAAAAGGAAACCAAGCAGAAGGAGGUUCAGCCCCCCGCCGAUGCCGCUGAAUUUGGUCCAUUUCCCAGAGGCCGCGAACCUUUGUACGCUGCUCCCAGCUAUCGGCAUUCCAGUCCCGAUGUUCCUUCGACGUACCAGCACCGAUACGCGCCAUAUAAGUUUGGGACUGUGGGGGACCCUAAUUGGUCUUCUCGCUACGCAUCACAUUCGAAAGGCGUUGGCAGUUCACACAAAUCCAUGCUCGAUCACGCAUGGCAUGUUAUCAAUUGUACGGAUCCUCUUCUGGAUUCCGAUGAUGAGCCGGACGACCAUGUACACCGUGAUUAUUCUAAGCGACUGCGAAUUAUUGCUCGCGUCCGUGGUAAAGAACCCACGCCAGAACCAGAACUGUAUCCGGUAGCUCCUCAGCCACAUGCAUCCACCUGAGUACGUUGUCCGUACUGUAAUAUUAGUAAUACCGGUCUUGCCGCCUGUUUAUUCCUUAAUGUUAUCCAAGUAAAUACUUUCGUCUUCCUAUUAACUAUUUAGUCUUAGUUUCAGUAACUUUAGUUCUCCAUUGGUAUCCCCGUAAUUCUGUGCAUUAUUAGUUAGAUUAAAAUCCAUUUACAUAUUGACAAAGUGCAGUAAGUAAACCUUCUACGACAAUCUU